GGAGGGUAUUUGCUGGUGUAUAAUCCGCUCUGAUGUCACUGUAUGCCGAAGGAGGGGUCUGAGAUCCGCCGCUGCGCUCGCUUAAUCCCAGUGUGUUGAUAAGAACAACCGACGAAGAUGAAGGCAAGCCGAAGAGCUCUUCUUCAUCGCUUGUUUUCAUAACAGGCUGUUCAGCAGCUUCUAGAUGAUGAGCAGUGAGUGGGCGGAGCCAUGAGCCAUAGGGAGGAGCCAGAGGAGGCAGGUCUCAGAGGUCCUCCCCCUCAUCGCAGCAAGCAGCCCAAUGGGACUCCUCUAGAGGGAGGGAGACCCAGAUGGAGGCCAUGCCAGCUGCACAAUCCGGAUGCAGAAGGCCAAGGCCACCAUCAUCAUCACCAUCAACACUAUCAUCACCAAGCCAACCAGCACACGUCUGGAUCUAGCCGAGCUCCACCACGUCACCGUAGGCGGCAUGUUCCCGGUCAAGCACAACGCAGGCCGGCUGAGAGCGGAGAUACAGAAGCUCGAGCUGGCCAGCAGCCCAAACCGGGGGCGUCAAGACACCAUCGAAGUGGAGAGAAACUCCAUCAGCACAGAUAUAGACAACCACACAAAGAAGAAGAAGACGAAGCGGUCAAAACUCCUCCAAAAGAACAAGCUUCAGAGCCAUUAUCUCCAGAAGAUUCCUCUCAAGAACUGCUGACUCCUUCUCCUCAGGAUGAGCCAAUCACUGAUAGACUGGAUGGAAACAGUCCAGAUCUGUCCCAUUCAUCUGACACACAGGUUGAUCCAGAACCGGAGUCUUCAAUGGAACAGUUGGAGGAGAAGGUUCAGUGUGAAGAAUCCAAUUUGGAAUUGGCGAAGGAGAAACAAGAGGAGGACUAUUUCAAAGAAGCUCCUGAGCAAGAUUACAUUCCUCCUAAGAUUGCUUCAAAAAGUCGGUCUGAAAGUAAAAGAUCCAGUCCGCUAAGAGUAGAUGUUCCACCAUUUGCCACAUCUCCUCAUCAGAUGAUGAGCAAACCUUUUUUCCAUUCUCCACGAACCUUCCCUGAGACUCUUCGAAGCUACAACUCAGAUCCAAAGUCAUACCCUGCUCAUUUUAACACUGGUUACGUUCAUACAAACAAGGAUAAAGGGUUUGAGAGUCCCAGUGUUGAAGACCAUCUCCCAGAAAAUGAAGAUCUCCCAGACUCUAGUCCUGAAGCCUGCACUGAUUCUUACCCACAACUAAGUCCAGAUUCUCACUCUGAAGAGACUCCAGCAGAAUAUCAGACAGAAUCAUACCUAACAGCUCUUGAUGGACCUCAAAUGUACGAGAGGAACCAGAGCAUGUCCACGGAUGAGUGUGAUCAUCAUGAAGACAUCUGUCAGCUUAGUUCAGUGGGCUCCAGGCUGCACCACUACGAUGAACAAUCAGGAGAUGAGGCAGAAAGCUCAGGGAGAGUCAGAGCUCACGUCAGAAAGGCGUCAAGCUCGACUAGCCUUUCUCAAGAAGUUCAUCCCCAAGAGGAGACUUCGGAAACUGCUCAGCUUUCACCUGAUUUGCAGGUAGAAGUAGUGGAGAGAUCUGACAAGUUGUCCACUCCAGCCCAGGAUGAAAUAACAGAGUCUGGCAGACAUACAGGAGAUGCAGUUUCUUUGGCCAUCAAGGAUAUUAAGGAAGCAAUCGAGGAGGUGAAAACCAAGACGGUGCGUUCGCCCUACACGCCUGACAAGAUCACAGAGCCCGUGUGGGUGAUGAGACAGGAUGUGAGCCCUGUUGAGGAAAACCAUCCUCAGCUACAGCCUCAGAUUCACUCGUAUCCACAGUCACCAUGUCAGCUAUCGCAGUCUUCUCCACAGUAUGCGGCUCCAAUUCAAGAUGCCGAACUUCCUUUGGGAGCAGAAUCUUCUGGAGUCAGCCAUCAGGAGCAGGAUCUAGAUGUCAGUCCCAGUGUACCAAGUGAAGAGACGAGGAGAAAUUUGGCCUCUUUCCCUACAUAUGUUGAUGUUCCUGGCCCGUGUGACCCUGAGGAUUUGAUUGACGGCAUCAUAUUUGCCGCAAACUACCUGGGUUCCACCCAGCUGCUGUCAGAGAGGACGCCCACAAAGAGCGCCCGCAUGCAGCAGGCCCAGGAGGCCAUGAGCCGCGUCCGGUAUCAGCAGGGCAGUGAGAGUGGGCCGCCGGCCAGCACAGAAGUGGACCUCUUUAUAUCGACGCAGAGGAUCAAAGUGCUCAGCGCUUACACGCAGGACACCAUGAUGGACCAUCCGCUGAGGACCAUCUCGUACAUCGCUGACAUCGGGAACAUGGUUGUGCUGAUGGCUCGCAGGAAGAUGAUUCGCUCUCAGAGCGCACAGGAGAACUUAGACUCCGCAGAGACGCAGCACACGAACCCAGCGCGGGACGACCACCGCCAGUACAGGAUGAUCUGCCAUGUGUUUGAGUCAGAAGAUGCUCAGCUGAUUGCUCAGUCCAUCGGUCAGGCCUUCAGCGUCGCGUAUCAAGAGUUUUUGAGAGCCAACGGCAUUGAUCCAGAGGACCUGAGCCAGAGAGAAUACAGCGACCUGCUCAACACUCAGGACAUGUACAACGACGACCUCAUUCACUUCUCCAAGUCUGAAAACUGCAGAGAUGUGUACAUAGAGAAGCAGAAAGGUGAGAUUCUGGGUGUGGUGAUCGUGGAGUCCGGGUGGGGCUCCAUCCUUCCCACAGUCAUCAUCGCCAGCCUGAUGCACGGCGGACCCGCCGCUAAGUCCGGAAGACUCAACAUCGGCGAUCAGAUCAUGACCGUCAACGGCACCAGUCUGGUGGGACUGCCGCUCUCCACAUGCCAGAGCAUCAUUAAAGGGCUGAAGGCUCAAUCCAGGAUCAAGAUGAACAUCGUCAGGUGUCCUCCUGUGACCAUGGUGCUCAUUCGACGACCAGACCUGCGCUAUCAACUGGGAUUCAGUGUGCAGAAUGGCAUUAUCUGUAGUCUGAUGCGAGGGGGCAUCGCAGAGAGAGGAGGCGUCCGCGUCGGCCACCGCAUCAUCGAGAUCAACGGUCAGAGCGUGGUGGCCACACCUCACGAAAAGAUCGUUCAUAUCCUGUCAAACGCUGUGGGAGAGAUCCAUAUGAAGACUAUGCCUGCAGCCAUGUACCGCCUGCUCACGGCCCAGGAACAACCCGUCUACAUCUGACACUCUGCAGGGCUACGACACCACAUCACCUCCACACAUGACAUGAGCUGAUCCAGAGUUAUUAUUUAUUGAAAGAUUAAUAUAACUGUUUACAGAUUUAUUUAACUGGAUGUAUGUAUUUAUUUAUUAUUCCACUAGUGCAUAAACCAAACCAUUCCAGCACCAUGUGACCUGCCUUAAUCUCUCUGGUCUGACGGAUCUCUGAACGCCUGCUAUCAUUCCACCGGCAUUAGUACCAAAGAGAAAUGAACGGAGAUCGAUCACGUGCCCGACACAUGACUGGACCUAAACUAUCACAGAGAUCAAUGGCACUGAGCACAGAAAUACAGGAACAUUGUAAUCUAAAAGUUACUGACACAGAUCUGGUGUAUGAGCUGUACUGUCAUCAAUCAACUCAAAGUAAAGGAAUCAAUGAACUAAAUAUUUA